CAUCUAACCUUCAAACACCUAAAGCAAAAACACCAAAGCCAAGUGAGCAAUAGUAAACACAAAUCAAACAUGAAGACCUUCAUCAUAUUUGUCCUCCUUGCUAUGGUGAUGAGCAUCGCCAGUGCCACUAGGCAACUAAGCCCUAGAAGCAAGGAGUUGCAAACACCACAAGAACAAUUCCCCCAACAGCAAUUUCCUCAACCACAACAAAUCCUCCAACAACAAUUCCCCCAACAACAACAAAUCCCCCAGCAACCACAACAAUUCCCCCAACAACAAAUCCCGCAACAGCAAAUCCCGCAACAACAAUUCCCCCAACCACAACAAAUCCCCCAACAACAACAAAUCCCCCAGCAACCACAACAACAACAACAACAGUUCCCCCAACAACAACAAUUCCCCCAACAACAAUUCCCCCAACAACCACAACAACAAUUCCCCCAACAACAAUUUCCCAUACCAUACCCACCCCAACAACAAUCACAAGAAGCUUCCCCAUACCAACAAUACCACAACAACAACUAUCUGGGAGCGACGUUAUAAGUAUCAGUGGCCGAUGAAAUGAAGAGAUGUAAUACUAGACAGGUGAAUCAUCGUUGUUAGUCAAUGGAGCAUAAUGUAACGGGUAUAAAUAAAAUGAUGUGCACCAUCAUGUGUAACCCCGACCUGUACUAGUUCAAACAUGGGAAUAAAAGACAAAUAAGUUCUUUUCUGAAGCA